CCUGACCUCAGUGGCAGUCCAUCUGCCUGCUUUCUGACCCCAGUGGCAGCCCUUCUCCCCUCUCCCUGACCCCAGUGGCAGUCCCUCUCCCUGCACUGCUCUGUCUCUCCCCAGAUCGAGGCUGCUUCUCAUUCUUCUCUCUGAGUCUUUCAUUUCCACUCUGUACCAGCCGGGGGACCCUGAGGGUCGAAGGUUUCGCCCCUGUCUGCACCGACCCCCACCUCCUGACAGCACCUCCCGACCCCCGGCUCUUAUGGAUCGGCUUCCAGCACAGAACUGAAGGCGGCUCCGGGGACACAUCCAGCCGGCAGCGAGUCACCUGCAGCGCUGAUAACUGCACGCCUGGAUUUAGCGGUUUCCCGACAUACAAUGCGUGAUCCACACCACGGUUCUAGAACGCUGUGAAUUGCUCAUGUCGAUAAGAAGAGAGCAUGGCUCAUGGAAUUCCCUCUCAAGGCAAAGUUACAGUAACGGUGGAUGAAUACAGUUCCAAUCCCACCCAGGCGUUCACGCACUAUAACAUUAACCAAAGCAGAUUCCAGCCCCCUCACGUCCACAUGGUAGACCCCAUCCCAUAUGAUACUCCAAAACCAGCCGGCCACACUCGUUUUGUCUGCGUCUCUGACACCCACUCCAGGACAGAUGGCAUCCAGAUGCCGUACGGGGACAUCCUUCUGCACACAGGCGACUUCACAGAGCUAGGUCUACCCUCCGAGGUGAAGAAGUUUAAUGACUGGUUAGGAUCUUUACCGUACGAAUAUAAAAUAGUGAUUGCCGGGAAUCAUGAACUGACUUUUGAUAAGGAAUUCAUGGCGGAUCUUGUUAAACAGGACUACUAUCGCUUUCCCUCGGUUUCCAAAUUGAAACCCGAAGACUUUGACAAUGUGCAGUCACUUCUUACUAACAGUAUUUACUUGCAAGACUCUGAAAUCACCGUAAAAGGAUUCAGGAUAUAUGGAGCCCCGUGGACACCGUGGUUUAACGGAUGGGGAUUUAAUCUUCCCAGAGGUCAGUCUUUACUUGACAAGUGGAACCUCAUCCCAGAGGGCAUCGAUAUACUAAUGACUCACGGACCUCCGCUCGGUUUCCGGGACUGGGUGCCAAAGGAGCUCCAGCGGGUCGGAUGUGUAGAACUUCUGAACACAGUGCAAAGGCGUGUGAGGCCCAAACUCCAUGUAUUCGGUGGAAUCCAUGAAGGUUAUGGGAUUAUGACCGAUGGAUACACAACGUAUGUCAACGCCUCCACGUGUACAGUCAGCUUCCAGCCAACCAACCCUCCAAUUAUUUUUGACCUACCGAACCCCCAAGGUUCAUGAAGACCCAGACAGAAAUACAAAAACUGCCAUUUUCUUUUUUUUGUCCUAAUAAAACAUGCUUUUUAUUCCUUGUA